AUGCAAUACUCGUCAGCAAUCCUCCUUGUGGCCUUCGCUGCCACCAACGUCUUUGCCCACGGUGUUAUCGACUCAGUUCAGGGUGCCAACGGCGUGACAAUGCCCGGUCUGUCUGUUGUCGAUGGAACUCCUCGUGAUUGCGCUACCCCAAAGUGUGGCUCUGAAGUCGACACAUCAGUUAUCCGCGCUAAGGAGGCCGGAACUGCUAAGGCUAGUGCUCUCGGACGUACUGCCAAUGGCCCAGUCGACCCAGCUGCAAUGAUCGCUCUCUUCAUGGGAACUGGAGGAAACACGACCGAUACAGUUGCCGCCCGCGAGAUUCAUGCCGCCAACGUACUCCGCCGAUCUCUCGGUGAGCGUCAGGCCAACGGUGGCACCAAGACGCCAAAGGGCACCAAGGAGACUGGUGUCGCGGCUGCAGCUGGUACCGGAGCCAACUCUGGGCUCCCAACCACCGCCGAUGACGGAACCAUCACGAUGACCUUCCACCAAGUCAACCAGGACGGUGCUGGCCCGCUGACCGCCAUGGUCGACGGUACCUCGGGCGGAACCGACCCCGCCGCUUUCAAGAAGGCCGAUGUCACCACCAACGUUCCCGGUAUCGGCAUCGGCGGUCUCUCCGCGGCUUCCACCAUGGACUUCCCUGUCGUGAUGGCCAUGCCGGCCGGUAUGACCUGCUCCGGCUCCGUCGGAGGCGCAACCAACGUCUGCAUCGCCAAGCUUAUGAACGCCGCCGUCACCGGCCCCUUCGGAGGUUCUUGCGCCUUCACGCAAUCUACCGCCGCCAAGAAGCGUGCCAUCGAGCACAACCUCAGCAAGCGCCGCUUCGCCCGCGCCAUCGCCAAGCAGAACUAA